CAGUGUGAAAGAGCUGCUACGGUCCAGAUGCUGAGCCUGGAGAAGGGUACUGAGGACAGACUGACCCCCAGCCACCAGCUCACCCUGCCCCACUGCCCCCUGGAUAUCACCUUUGACCCCAGAGGCCGACUGUGGGUGCUGCUGGACUCUGCCGACACACCGUUCCAGGUGUACACGCACACACAGGAUGGUUGGCAGCGUGAUGCAGACAACGCCGAAGUGAGCCGGGUGACUGAAGCCCUCAAACCCUACUGGAAGGCCCUCCAACCGCUGGCUGUGGCAGAGAGCCGCUUCGAGCACCUGUAUAAGGUGAACUUCGACAACAUGGAGUCCUACAUGGAGAAGAAACGCCUGCGUCUGGAGCAGCAGAAGAGCCACUGGGGCAAGAAGAGGACGACCGGGGACGGCAACAAGACCCCCGGCAAGAAGAGGAGCAAGGAGAACAAAGUGAAGUGAGCGUCUGGAGGACACGCAGCGAGCUGUAGGAGCAUUGGAGAUCUGGGAAUGACCAUGGACUUUUUGGCAUUGGCCAAAAGAAAGCUACUGUGUAGUGUUUGUGUUGGGACAGAAUUAAGAGAUGGUAAUGAGGAUUUUUUUUUUUUUUUUAUAAACAUUUAUGGACCAGAAUACUCUUCUCCUCAUUUUUUUACCGUCUACUUUGUGCAGCCACAUGUAUGCCAUUUACCCAAUGAUGUUCUGCACGCAGCAAAGCAAGCUCAUAGGACAGUUGUAAUAAUUCAACCUUUAUUUGUUUGUAGGAAAGAACAAAGGUGACUAGAAAUCUGUACAAUCUGUAAAAAACAACACAUUUAAAAUAAAAACAAGGCUGAUAGAGAAAUAUCUAAAUAAUGUUCACUGCAGUAGCUGUACAAAUGUAGACACUCCCUGAAAAUAAUGCUUUAGAUUUGUCCGUCGGUCCCUGAGCAAGCGUGCACGCCUCCACCCAGUGGUUGGUUUUAAAUAUUAGGCCUGGAAACCACUACAUCAAAUCCAAUCCUUCAGGUUGAUCUGUGAUGGACUGCUCGUACCUGGCGCAAUGCGCUCUACUAGAACAUCGCUCCGCACACAUCCUAUUGGUCCUGUCUCCGGGCCUGGGGAGGGGUGGCGGGGGAAGGUUUCGGCUCGGGGGGCCCGGAACCAAACUGUGAACUCUGCUCUGGCACUCUGCUCACCUGCUCUACUUUCACUGGUGCUGAAAACAAACAUACACUGUAAGAGAAAUAUUUCAAUGAUUACAUUUGAUGUUCUAAUGUGAUCUGCAGUUUCUUUAAAGGCCACUGGGUAGCAGCAAAAUAAAAUAAAUGCAAGUGUGCACUUAAAUAUGAAUUUAUGAAUGAGUUGUAAAUAUGACGGCAAAUACUAAUUUGGAAUAAUUUGUGGCUGAUGUUCCUGAACGGAUCGGAUGUAAAGACCAUAUUACAUUGAAGCUAAAGUUUACUGAAUGAUGUCCGUCGUCUAUGGCGAUAGAGAACCUUUUAUCUCAGUGUGAAAGUACAACAUAUAAAUUGGUGUGGACCUACCUCAAACCUCCUACUUCUUCUUCCCUAUUGUCAAGUUUUCACUUUUCUUCUUCUUCACCUGCAAAAAAAAUAAACAAGAACAUGGAAACAAAGAUAGACCAUGAGCUGUGGGGUGU